AUGGAACUGCCUCCUGGGGCUGUACCGGAACUCAAUCUACCACCUAUUGCUGACGACUUGGAUUCGCUCGAGCCACCCGAAGACGCUGCCAAUCUACCGAUUGACGAGUAUCCUGAAGAUCCGGACGAGGAAGAUGAGGACGACACAGUAGUCGGCGAAGAGGCCGGCAUUGGAUCGAAUACCGGUCAAACUAACCACGAUGCCGCCGGCAGUCCGUCCAGCACCGCUUCACCGGACGUACCCGUGUACCGAGGGGAGCGCAUUCUCACGGUGGUACACACCACCGGCAUUCAACGCCUGGCGUUCACUUUCUGCAAGUGCGCAAAUGCAGAUUCCGAGGCUGAGCAGCUGUUGCUUCGUGGAUUCUAUCCGGCGUCCGUGAAGCGUCCAGUCACCGUGUUCACGCUAGCCUGCCUCGACGACUUCCUCCUCACCAAUCAGCAAUGCAAAACGUCUCCAUGGAACUAUCAUAUGAAGCUCUGUCGCACUACCGAUGGGGCGUUUUGGGGCUCCGUCCAGCUGGGCUACAAGGCUCUCCUCCGCACGUCCAGGCAAUACCGAGUGCUGAAGUGGAAACUUCAUGCAGGCAUCGGUCAUGAGGAAUCGAAUACCGAGAGGAAGCCCGGUGGAUUAGCGAUUGCCUGCUCAGCCUGUCCCCGGCCAGGAAUCAACACACCCCCUGGCUGGGCCGAGAGUGCCGAAAGCCGCGAAUAUCCUGCUUCGACAGCACACGACGGUAGCUUCAACCUAGAGCACAUGGUGAUGAGAAACCCGGCAGACAAUGUAUCUUUCGUCGACGGUGACCUGUACUUUGUCGCUCAAGAACGGUUUGACGCACAUCUGAAGGACGCACUUACAAGGGCAAAGGAUGAGCGGGUUGCCGCAACGUGCAACGAGCACCGAGCCACCAAAGAGUCCCUUGGGGGCAAGGCCCAUCUAGAUGCAACGGGAAUUGGUGCCUCUGCCUGCUCGAGGCAUGGCUUCUUCAUUCCACACACAGUCGUGGACUUUCAGCGCGGUGAAGCCCAACGGAACAUGGAUUACUCGGUAAACUGGGCAUGGAAGUGGUUCGCCGGCUACACGACUUUUGUCCUCAUCUACGACAUCGCCUGUCAGUACCACAUCAACGCGCGCAAACGAUUCGAAGCAUCUCCGUUCCUGCAGUGGCCCAUUGCCGCUACCUUCUUUUGGGCCAUCGGCCAGUUCCACGUUCACGGCCAUCAAAAUCGGUGUUACGCUCGGCAUUCGCUGAGCUUCGUUCCCAACGUCGGCCAUCAAGAUGGUGAAGUUGUCGAAACCCUCUGGAAGCCAUUGAAUUUUAUUAAGGACAGUAUUCGUGGGAUGGCUACGUCGCAUCGCAAAGAGGUUAUCGACGCUCACAUGCAAGAUUCGAAUUGGAUGAAGCUCUGUCGUCUACCGAAGUCAUUGGUUGACAAGUGGGAGGAAUCAGUGGAAGAGUACACUGCAGCAAAGGAGGCCUUUCAAGAAAUUGACCGUGUUGCUAAUGAGGAAGAGCGCGCCGAAUGGAAACAGGAGAUUCUCGAUGCGCGAGAGGCACGCAAAACCGAUGCCUCCGCCAUGGACAUUUUUACACCGAAAAAGAUCAAACCGGCGAACAAGACGCAAGUCAGGACGGCUCUCUUGAACGGCGACACCACGCACACGGUAUCACUCGAGAAUCCGAUUUCAGCGGACUUACUUGCAUGGCUCUCAUUGGGAAUCAGUAUAGACCGCCAGAGGGUGGUCAUUGCGCGACUCGUUCGGGACUUGCGGCAGAGCUCUACCGACAAGGCGAAACUGACGAUUUCGGAGAAGAGGCAACGGUUGUCAUCGGACAUUCGAUCGUUCAAUACCGACGCGACAAAGUAUCUCAGUAACGCUCCUCCCCGGCUGGUCGUUGGCCCCGGGGAUCUCGGCGAGGAAUGGGAUUCCCUCGAAGACUACGGGACUGACGCAACAGCGAACACGCCGCAGGCAACUGACUCCGGCAGUCCAGAGCAACUUCCCAUUCUCAUGCCGUCCUCACUCGGUAUUCGGUAUUGCAAGGAUCACGGUCUGAUAGACGUCGUCCUUGCGGAGCGAGAACUUCGGAAGGGAGAGAUGAACGAAUGUCUUUCCGGUGUUCGUGACGGGAUUGACACCAAGUCCUACCUCUACUACGCUCGGGUUCGCAACGCCACUUCCGUCCGCAAAUCUCUCCGCUCCUUUAGCGAGAUCCGCACGGUCGACCACUCAGUAGCGAAGUAUGUCCGGCUCUACAUGCUUUCUCGCACUGCCCUCGCUGCCCUGUACGACCCGAACGACCCUGAAGAUGUCAAGAAAAAAUCGGAUGAUCUGGUCAUUUACAAGCCCAUCACGAAGUCCGAUCUCACUGUCAACACCACGAUCCUGGAAGCAACCACCAGGGGUGCUCGGAACAAGCACCCUUCAUGGAUCUGGACGUUUACCGGAACAUCGGAAGAGGGCUCCACCUUCCCACGAACAAUGUGGCAGCGUGGCUACGAGCGAAAGGACCGUUGGUGGGAGAACCUGAAUGCGCUUGACCUGGAGAUGCUUUGCGUGGUGCUGGAUUUUGCGCGGCUCAAGGAGAACUGGUUCCGCCGGGCCGUGUUCAUGGCGGAGUCACCCUGCCAUAAGUGUUACGCUAACGGACAAGCUCGCAUGUGGGAGAGAAAGGAGAAGCAGAGCGCAGAGAUGUUCCGCACCGUCCGUCUCGCGCAUCCUAAACCUCUUCAGUAG